AAGUCUAUAGAGCUUUUAAUACGCCGACUUCUAUUCUUAAGGAUUUGUCGAGAGAUUACGAUGGAUUUGGCAACUAAUGCUAGUAAUAGUGUAUGCCGUUUUCAAGCUAAGGCUCUACUUUGCUUGCAGGAAGCAACGGAAGCUUUUCUUAUAUAG